UUUUGUUAUUCACGCAGCUACCAAACAUGCCGAAGGUCCUCUUUCGUCAUUUAAAAUUUUCCUUCUCACUUUCCUAUUUUGCCCUCCGCUCUUCGCUCUUCGCUCUUCGUUCCUCUCUUUUCUCUGACCCUGCACUGCAGAGGCUCUGCAGAGACAGACAGAGACGGAGCGGGAGGGAGGGAGGGAGGGACAGAGCAGUGGUAGAGAGAGGGAGAAGAGGAAAGAGGGAAGCGGAAACCCUAGAAACUCCAUUUUCAUGGAGAAUCUUUCCCACUCGCUCCACAGGAAUCGAGCCUCUGCGACGCUUUCCAGGAAAAUCUACAAUGGCAAUGGCUUCACGGCCAAGACGGUGUACGACGACGUUUUCGGAGGACCGCCGAAGUUCGGAGUCCCCACUUUCUCCCCUCGCGCUGAUGAUUACGGUGAGAUUUUCGGAAGCUUCCGCACCUCGCGAGCCUCGUCCAUUCCAGUCUUGGAUCUUCCCGUCGUCGACGAAGCUGAGGUUUCGUUCGAUGUUCGGAGCUCGAAACUCGAUUACUCUGAAGUUUUCGGCGGUUUCGACGGUUUAGAUUUUGCGGUUUCGUACGAUGAGCUGUUGGAACAACCCAUGGGGGGAGAUGGUUCCUCCGACGAAGCCUGGACUCCAACCGAGUCUGAAUAUCUAUCAGAAGAAUCAGAUCCUUCAGCUUAUGCUGCAAAGAAUCAAUUCUUGUCAAAUGGAGAUGAUCAUCAAUCAUUGGAUGACAUGAAUCAGUUCAACAAUUCAUAUCAUAAAAAUAAUAGAAGAACAAAUGAGGAUUUGUUAAAUGGGAUGACGCACUCAAGCCACCUACAGUCUGUUUUAGUUGAUGAAAACCCUCAUUUGCAGAAGGCAGAAAAGCAGAAACCAUCCUUGAAGGUAACUGAUGAUAUAAAUCUUAGUAUGGAUUUAAAUAGGGGAAUGAUGGGAGGAAAGCAUUUCAGGAAAACAAAGUCACUCCCUCCAAACAAUAGAACUGGUGCACAGACAUUUGGGAGUGGGAGCAAUCCUCAAAAAGGAUAUGAAAAUUAUGGUAUCUGUCCUAAUGAAAUGUUUGUGACUGUAUCUGAAAUCAACCUUAGAACUCGUCCUUCUCAAGUGCCGCCACCAAGAAGACCGCCACCAGCAUUAGAUGUCAAAAAGGAAGAUUCCUGUAGAUUGACUUCAAAUCAAGAAGUUUCCACAAGUCAUGCUUUUGAAGGGACUCCAGGUGAGAGUUCACCACCUUUCUUUGAUGUUGAAGUGGAUGCAAGUUCAUCUGCUUCAGCAUCUGCUGCUGUGAUGAAGGAAGUAAUGGAGAAAGCUCAAGUGAAACUAAGAAGUGCAAAAGAAUUAAUGGCGAGGAAGAAGGAGGCACUUCAAAGUCAUAUUAAGCUGGGAUCAAAGAAUGACAUAAAAGAUGAGGUAAACAUGGGUAAUAUGGCUGAUGGAUUCAACUUUAUGGUAGACGAGAGAGUGCAGCAAACAUGUGAAGGAGAAGAUAAUGGAAUGAAUCUUUUUGUCGAAAAUGAAAAACAAAAGCUUAUGAACACAGUGGAGUUUGUUUCAGAUUCCACAGAAAAUAAAAAGCUUUUGCUUGCAUCUAAACUAUCCAUGGAGAAAAAGCAUGGGAAGGAAUCUUUGGUAUCUAUGGAGUCAUGUAGAUCUGAAGGAACAGGUGAAUGGAAAGAAGCAAAUGAGUUCUAUGAACUGGUAAGAAAAGAUAUAUCAAGGCCAGCAUUUGAGCAGGCAAAUGAAGAAAAGGUUUUGAAGAAAAAUACAAAUGCCCAAGAGUGUGGACAGGAAGCAAAAGCAGCAACAGAAGCAUUGGAGAAGCAAGGAGAAAAUGGUAAACAAAUGGCCAGAGAGAUUGGUGAAUGGGAAGAAAAUAAGAGGGCACUGCAAGCAGGUAAAGAGGCUUGUGAAGAGAAUACGUAUGAGGCAAGAUCAAAGGCAGCUAGAGAGGCCUACCUCUGGGAAGAGCAAAAGAAGAGUGUAAAAAUGGGUAAAGAAGUUUAUGAGCAGGCGGAAAAUGUGAAGAAAUUAAGUGUGGCCCAGGAAUUUGAUAGAUAUCAGGUGAAACUAACUAAAGUCAAUAAGUGGGAAGAGUGGAAAAACCUAAUUGGGAUUCGAGAGAAAGUAAAUGAACUGGAAGUUGAGGAAGCUGUGAAGCACAAGGAUAACAAUCAGAAAAUGAAGCAGGCUACUGAUAGAUUUGAGCAUGAGGAGGCUUGUGAAAGGGUUGAAAUUGAAGAGACACUUGAAGAAACUUUGAAGGGGGAAGAAAAGGAUGGAAGAAUAAACAAGGUUUUUGAGCAAGUUGAAUGUGAGAAAAGAUUGGAGACUCUCAAGAGGGAAGAGAAAGAUAAGAAAUUAAAGGAGGUUCUUGAGUUGGCAGAAAAUAAGAAGAAACAGAAAGUGGCUUGUGAAAGAGAGGAAAAUGAGAAGAGACUAAAGAAGGCUUUUGAGCUUGAGAAGCAUGAGAAUCGAUUCAAGAAGGAUCUUGUACGGGAAGAGAAUGAGAAGAAACAAAAACAGGCUCAUGGAAGAGAAAAUGACAAGAGACUAAAAGAGAGCAUUGAGCAGGCAGAGAAUGAGAAAAGAUUAAAAAAGGCACUCAAGCUGGAAGGAAAUGAGGAGAAAAAAAGUGAUGCCCUCAAAACAGAGGAAAGUGAACACUUAAAAAUGGAUGCUUGUGAAACAAAAUUUACAGAGAAAGAACGGAAAGAGGCCUUUGAAAGAGAAGAUGUUGAAAAGAGACUAAAGGAGGCACGGAUACGAGAAGAAAAUGAGAAAAUAUUACACGAGGCUCAAGAAAUGGAAGAAAAUGAGAAUAGAUCAAGAGAGGCGAAUGAGUGGGAAGAAAUUGGGCAAAGGUCAAAACUGCCUGAUAAGUUGGAAGAAUCUGACAAGGGACUUAAAGGUACUGGCAUGUGGGUGAAACUGAAUGAAGUAAGCAAUGCUCCUGGGCAAACUCAGAAGGAUGAAAAUGAGAAGAGACCAAAAUCAGCUCAUGAAAAUUGUGUGCGCAUGGAGGGAGACAAUGUCGAGGUACCUUAUGAAGCAUAUAACAUAGAGGAGAGUAACAACCUCCAAGAAGCUGAAGUGGCAUGCAAUCAUGAAGGAAACAGUGGAAACCUGGAAGCAAGUCGAACAGCAUUUGCAAAUGAAGAGAAGCAAAAGAUUAGGACUGAAAUCAAAGAUUGUGGAAAGGAAUUGGGAGCAGUUGAAGUUGCAAAAGUGCUCGUUGAUGAAGGAUUCAGGACAUCUGGUUUUGCUCAAACCGACUCAGAACAUAGAGGAAAUCAAAUCAGAAUGAAAGCUGCUGUAGAGUCACAUCAUUCAGAUGAUAGUAUGAAGAGCUCAAGUGAGGCUGGCAUUGGCAUUGGAAGAAUGAAAAAUGAGAGAAGUAAGAAUGUGUUGCCAGUGGCUUCUGAUUCUGGAAAUCUAAAGAAAGUUUCUCAUGGAGGAGAAAGAGGAAAGAAUAUUAAUAGGGCUCAAGUUGUCAGUGAUCAGGACAAGAACAAGGAUAAAUUGAUGUCAACUCAUGAGGUAAAAGAGCAGGUUGAAAUUGGAAGGAGAAUGGAUGCAGUUCAGUCAACUAUGAUGCAAGGGAAAGGAAAUACUGAGAAAACAACUCAGCAGGUUAGCACAAGCCAAAGCACAGAAAGAAAAGAGAAAAUUGAGACAGAAGAAAAAGAUAAAGACUGGGUGAAAAGAGAAAGAGAGUUGGAGCAGGAUUACCUUAGAAAAAUAGAGGAAGAGAGAGAGAGGGAAAGGGAAAGAGAGAAGGAUAGGAUGGGUGUUGAAAUAGGAACUUGUGAAGCUCGAGAAAGGGCUUAUGCUGAAGCUCGUGGAAGGGCAGAAAGGGCUGCUGUUGAUAGAGUGACUGCUGAAGCACGACAAAGAGCAUUGGCAGAGGCACGAGAAAGAUUAGAAAAGGCAUGUGCAGAGGCUAGGGAGAAGUCUUUAGCUGACAAGGCAUCUAUGGAGGCCAGAGCUAAAGCAGAACGUGCUGCAGUGGAAAGAGCAACUGCAGAGGCUCGCGAGCGUGCUGUCGAGAAAGCAAUGGCUGAGAAGGCUGCUUAUGAGGGAAGAGUAAGAGUGGAAAGAUCUAGUGCUGAUAAAUACUCUGCUUCUAUCAGAGAUGAUGGAAUGAGACAGAGCUCUUCAUCCUCAGACUUGCAGAGCUCGGGGUAUUCAUGUGGUUCGAGACAUCUGUAUACCGCAGUUUAUGCCGGAGCUGAUGGUGAAUCUGCUCAGAGAUGUAAAGCUAGAUUAGAAAGGCAUCAGCGAACAGCUGAGCGUGCGGCAAAAGCUCUUGCAGAGAAGAAUAUGCGUGAUCUUCUUGCUCAAAGAGAGCAGGCAGAGAGAAGUAGAUUAGCAGAAACUCUCGAUGCCGAAGUCAAAAGGUGGUCUGGUGGGAAAGAGGGGAAUCUGCGUGCACUGCUUUCAACAUUGCAAUACAUCCUUGGGCCUGAUAGUGGCUGGCAGCCAAUUCCAUUGACAGAUGUUAUUACUGCAGUUGCUGUAAAGAAAGCUUACCGGAAAGCCACCCUUUGUGUUCAUCCUGACAAACUACAACAACGUGGUGCAACUAUUCAGCAGAAGUAUAUAUGUGAAAAGGUUUUUGAUCUUCUAAAGGAAGCUUGGAACAGAUUCAACUCGGAAGAGCGGUAGCCCUGGCUUUUGCGUGUAUGCUGAAGCAUGCACAUUGGUGGUCAUCCUGCGCAUCCUGUUAUUUAAUAUUUUGCCAGUUUGUAAAUAUCUUUUGUCUGUUUAUUUAUGAUUAUAAUUAUAAUUAUUAUUAUUUUUUCUAAAUCAGAUACUUGGGGGCAUCAUUGUAUUUAAAUGUAGGCUCAUGCUGGAAGAACAUUGACCUUAAAUAGAAAAAGGAGGUGAAGUGGCUGGCUCCCGUUAUAAAA